UAACUUCUUAGAACAUUUCAAAAGAGAAAUGAAUGAUAUACUCUGAAGUAGAAUUUUAUGGCUAGUAUUAAGCAUUGAGGGGUACUUGAACCAGGUAAGGGAUGAAAUCAUUGCACUCAUAACAAUGGAUCCUUAGUAAACUUAUUGAGAAUUGAACAACUCCUAUAAACUCAUCUUCUAUCAAGCAUAAAAUCGUUUGGAUUCAAAGUUAAUUGAAAUUUGUGUAUAUUGAAGUUCUUGAAAGUAACAGCAAAGCUCUAAAAAACUUAUAUUCAUGUAUGGCGUUUGUCAUCUCGGAAAAAGUAUGGAGCCAUGAAGAAAUCCAUGGCUUUUAUAUGGAGGCUUACGCGUCACAGGGUUGUCUUCAAAUGCAUACACACGUACUCCACCCUUUUCCAAUCUGUAAAAUACUCGGGCGAAAGCAACCAUGUUGAUCUCCAUAUGAUUAAAACAGGAUUUAUUCCCGACAUCUACAGAGAAAACAGACACAUUGAGAGCCUCAUUAAAACCAAAAAUUUGGUUGAUGCACGGCGACUGUUUGACAAAAUGUCUACAAAGAACACAUGCUCCUGGAAUUUGAUCAUUUCUGGAUAUGUGAAAUGCGGAAGAAUAGAAGAGGCACGUAAAUUGUUUGACAAAAUGAGGGAGCAGGAUACGGUUUCAUGGACUAUGAUGAUCGGAGGAUAUGCCCAAAUUGGGGAAUUCCGGGAAUCCUUCAAUUUGUUUUUCCAAAUGCAGGAGGCUGGUAUUCAGCCAGAUCAAGUUACGUUUGCGGGAAUACUUUGUGCGUGUAGUUUUCUGCCGAAUUCCGAACAGGGGAAACAGGUGCAUUCCCUUAUUUUGAAAAGAGGGUAUGGCUCAGAUGUUUUAGUCGAAAAUACCCUCAUUGAUACUUAUGCCAAAUGCCAGGAUAUCGACAAUGCCCGUCAAGUGUUUGAUGAAAUGUCUGUUCAAGGUUGUGUUUCUUUUAAUGCCCUGAUUGCUGGAUACACUCGCAAUGGCUUGGACCAGGAGGCCUUGGAAUUGUAUAUCCAAAUGCAAGAGGCAAGAAUAGAACCAACACAGUUUACAUUUGCCGGUGUUCUGAGCGCAUGUGGUAGUCUAUACAAUUUGGAACAAGGAAGAGUAAUCCAUGCUUAUGUUAUAAGGAAGGGAUAUGAGUGUAAUAUGCUAGUGAGCAGUGCACUUCUAGGUAUGUAUUGUAAGGGCAACAAUAUGGAAGAUGCACGGAAAGUGUUUGACAUAAUGUCUGAACGGAAUGAGAUAUUGUGGAAUGUUAUGGUUACAGGGUAUCUGUGGAACGGACAGGCUGAAGAGUCUUUGAAACUUUUUAGAAAUUUGCAGCAGGUGGGUUUUGAUCCAGCACUAUUCGCCUUCUCAAGUGUUCUUAGCUCCUGUGCCAGCCUACAAGCUUAUGAGCGGGGGAUGCAGUUGCAUUCCUAUGUCAUAAAAAAUGGUGUUGAAUUGGACUGCCACGUGGGGAAUGCACUUAUUGAUAUGUAUGCUAAAUGUGGUUAUAUGGAGGAUGCAUACAAAAUGUUUGAAAAUAUGCCUGACAGCAAUCAAAUUUCAUGGACUUCAAUGAUCACAGGAUAUUCCCAGGUUAACCAUGGUGAGAAAGCAUUAAAAUUGUUUUCUCUAAUGCACAAGAUGGAUGUUAAAGCAGACCAGGCAACCUUUGCUAGUGUUCUCAAAGCCUGUGCAAGCUUAGCGGCAUUGGAACAGGGAAAACAGGUUCACGGUUGCAUGGUUAGAAGUGGAUACGAGUUGAACAUCUUCACAGGAAGUGCUCUGUUGGACAUGUAUGCCAAAUGUGGAAGCAUACGUGAUUCAGAGCAAGUGUUCAACAUUAUGCCCAAAAGAAAUCUGAUCUCAUGGAAUGCAAUGAUUUCAGCAUUUGCUCAGAAUGGCUAUGGCAUGAAAGCGAUUCAGCUCUUUGAACAGAUGCUGCAUGGAGGCACAAAACCAGAUUAUGUCAGCUUAGUUUGUGUUCUUGCUGCGUGCAGCCAUACAGGCCUGGUGGAGGAAGGAAAGCUUUACUUCGAUCGCAUCAGUCGAGAUUAUUGCAUCACACCAAGAGUAGAACACUAUUCUUGCAUGAUUGACCUUCUUGGCCGUGCUGGAAAACUAGAUGAGGCAGAAAAUUUGAUGAACAACAUGCCUUUUAAACCCGAUGCUAAGAUGUGGAUGUCGUUACUUGGUUCAUGUAGAACUUAUGGAAAUGUAAAACUAGGAGAACACGCGGCAAAAUGCCUUUUUGAGUUGGAACCACAAGUUGCUGCACCGUAUGUGGUAAUGUCAAACAUCUAUUCGGCUGCAAGAAAGUGGGAUGAUGCAGCAAAGAUUAAGAAAAUGAUGAAAGACAGAGGAGUCAAAAAGGAAACAGGAUAUAGUUGGGUUGAGGUUAAAAAUAGGUUAUAUGGAUUUGUUGUAGAUGAUAGGUCACAUGCCCAGACAGAAGAGAUUUAUGCAACGUUACAAAAUCUGGAUGAACAGAUGAAGAAAGCAGGGUAUAUUCCUGACUCAAGCUUUGUCCUUCAUGAUGUUGAGGUGGAGAAGAAGGAAAGCUUUCUUUCCCACCAUAGUGAAAAGCUAGCAAUUGCAUUUGGUAUUAAUAACACACCCCCUGGAACACCUCUUAGAGUUAUUAAGAAUCUUCGUGUAUGUGGUGAUUGUCACAAUGCCAUCAAAAUUAUAUCUGAAAUAGUUGGACGAGAAAUAGUUAUGAGGGAUGCCAAUCGUUUCCAUCAUUUCAAAAAUGGAAUUUGUUCUUGUAGAGAUUUUUGGUGAUGCCAAAAUUACAUAGGCCUUAAAUGUUA